UGAUUAAUUAAGUUAACCUCGUGUGUGCCGCACCUACUUUAUUAGGGGCUGCCUGUGUCAGUUCACCACAAGAAAGGAAAGUUGAACAGUGAAGUUUGUAUUUUUUUUAGGUAAUUUAAAAGUGAAAUGGGAAAUAAGCUAAUCACGUUUACAGAUCAGCAACUUAUAAAUUACCAGGAUUGUACGUUUUUCACAAGAAAGGAAAUUUUAAGGGUUUACAAAAAAUUUCGAGACAUAAAACCGGAUGUAGUUCCUAGAGCAAUGAAGAAAAAUGAAGCAUAUUCAAUUAAGUUACCAGUGGAAGAUAUGGAUGAGCUUCAAGAAUUUAGGGAAAACCCCUUUAAAAGAAGAAUUUUUGAAGUAUUUUCUCGGGAUGGAAAAGGAAAUUUAACAUUUGAGGAUUUUUUAGAUAUGCUCUCCGUAUUUAGCGAAGCGGCUCCAAGAGAUAUAAAAGUCUUUUAUGCCUUUAGAAUAUAUGAUUUUGACAAUGACGACUUCGUGGGCCCAGAAGAUAUCGAUAUCGCGAUAACUCUAUUAACUAAACAAGAACUAACCAUUGAAGAAAGACAUCAAAUAAUUGAAAAAGUUAUAGAAGAAUCGGACGUCGAUGGAGAUGGAAAACUGUCCUACAUUGAAUUUGAGCAUUGUAUCACUAGAGCGCCGGAUUUUCUGUCUACUUUUCACAUACGAAUCUAAACUGGUUUUUGUUAAGGAUUUUUUCAAUGUCAUUUUAGUUUCCAGCCUGAGGAUUUUAUUAUGUUUAUUGGUUUUUGAAUGUAUUAAAUAGAAAUUGAUAGCAUUUAUGUUGCAAUCUAACAUUUUCAAUAAACUUUCCCAAAAACCCACCCAAAACUAUCUGAGUGAUGUUUCUUCCCAUCAAGAAGUUGAA